GCAGUUUCAUUGUAUUUUUGCAAAAGUUUAUGUCGAAUUGAAAAUAAAAGAAAAACUGAUUGUGCAUUAAAUUUGGUGUAAUUUAAACUUAAAACUGUCAUUAUUAAAAGUUGACUACUAAAGACAUCAUUAAUUGAUGUUUGUUGAUUUGGAAAUAGUGGAUAACAUUGUUAAAACAGAAGUUGACGUGCGACUAAAUUGAAAUCAAUAAUUUCAAAAAGGCCAAGAAGAGAACACAAAACUUUUUUCCGUAUUAAUUUGGAAAAGUUUCCGAGGACAACAGUUUAGUGAGCUCCUGUUAAAGUGUUUCAUUAGAAUAAAUAUAUUUAAGCGUAAUAAGCAAACGAAAGAGUCAUAGAUAAUGUUUUCGGGAAUCACAAAUCAAGUUUCGUCUUUAACGUCGAUGUUUUCAAAGAAUGCGGACGAGGAUGUCCCAACACCACCUCAAUCAGCAACAGCAGCAGCUCCGUCAGAAGAAGUAACACAACAGACAACUUCAGAACCACCUGCUGAUAACAACAAUACUGAAAAUCAAAGUCCAACGAAAGCAUCAGGUGGAAUGUUUUCAAAUGUAACUGGUAAAGUUUCGGGAUGGCUACCAUCAAGCUUGCCAACUGUUUCAAUGCCAACGGUUUCAAUGCCCCAUAUGCCAUCUAUUCCUGGCCUGCGAAAGUCACAACCAACUGAAGAUAGUGCAACAGCUGAAGGAACUACUGAACAAGCAGUGGAAGCUCAACCAACAUCAAAUAACGAAAAGGAUGACGAUGAUCGCUCAAGCGCAACUGGUGGUGCCGAUUCACGCCCUGUUUCAGAAAAAGGUUCACCAACAGAAGAGCAAGCAGGAAUGGUUGGAAAUGUGACCCAUAAAGUAACAGCUGGUGCAAAAUCAUUUGGUUCAUUCUUCACAGGUGUUGUGAAUAAAGCUGGCGCCAAGAUUAAGGAAACUGUUAAGGAUAAUUCAAUUCUCGGUGAGUUUAAUAAAGAGCAAGAAGCAUUCAUUAAAGAUCAAUCUGGAAAAAGUGAUGAAGUUGGCAUUUGCCCAUGGAUUGGGCAUCAAAAUGAAGAUAAAAUAAAGGAAGAAAUUUUAAGUUUAUCAGCAGAUCGUCGAAAUUUUGUUCGUGCCCCACCAGCUGGUAUUGAGUAUGAAUUCAGCUAUGAUGCAUCAUAUCCAACAGCUCUCGCACUCAUGGCUGAAGAUUCACAACUUGAGAAAAUGCGAUUCGAUCUCGUUCCUAAAAUCAUCACAGAGGAAAAUUUCUGGCGCAAUUACUUUUAUCGUGUAUCUCUAAUUAUUCAAGCUGGCGAUUUAGGCACAUUGGGAACUGAUGAUGCUUUUGGCAAGCGUGACGAUGACGACGUUUCAAAUAAGCAAAACAAAAAAUGCAAUGAUAUUAGAAAAUUGCAACGAAAAUCUGAGAGUGAAUUUAUUUCUGAUAAAUUUAAAACUGCAAAUGAACACCACACGGUGGAGGUUCAAGAAAAUAUGACAAGACUGGGUAUGACAGUGUCAAGUGAAAAGCAGCUACAGACUGACCAAUUUAAGAAGAGUUCACCAGAGGAUGAAGAGUGGGAAAAAGACCUUGCUGCUGAAAUUCAGGACUUUGAAGUUGUUGAUGAUCAGAACGUUGAUGAAUCUGAACUUGAUCUCGAUUUAAAAUAGAAAUAUUUGACAAAUUUUCAUUCCAGGCUCCAUCUAAUCAAUUAGGUUUAAUUGUCACUUACUUUUAAAAAAUAUCUAUUUAUGAAAAAUCCUCAAUAAUCUAUUAUAUUAUUCUGAAAGUUUAUUCCAAAUCAUGAAAUAAAAUUCAAUAAAAUUAAAUA